GUGGUCUGGUAUUGUGCAGGAAAGGGGAAAAUGACUAGAGAAGAAAGGAUGAUGGAAUACCCCUUCAAAGGCUGGGAACCACGGCGACUCAGAGGAGGAAUAAAAAUGCCUAUACCAACAGGGAACGGAUGGAGAGGGACCACGUGCGAUUGGAUUGGGUUUGAGGUUGCCCGGGACUUGUCAUAUGUAUGGAUAAAGCGGAUUUGGAACCCGAUAAGGGAAGAGGAAGGAUGGGAUGAUAUAGCAGAAGGCAAGGUAGAGUCAGUAGGAACGAUCGUCCUUUCCGAGAAUGGGUGGCACCUGUCUUGCACCAUGUUAGCAAUGGGACAGGACCCGAUGUGGCUUCUAGGGGAUGCAGAGGCCCGAACCCGAAAGGAAGGCAAGUUAUUUGCCAACGAGGGAUGGGACAAAGUUAGUAGCAGCGUUGUGAUGGAAGGAUGGAAGGAACUCAAGCCUCCAAGUCUACGGAUAACGGCUUGGGUGCCGGGAUUCAUAGCCGAGUGGUUUGGGGGGUUAGAGCACAUUUUAGAAGUAGCCGACUCCAUGAGAAAGGUGCAUAUAGAGUAACUUGGCAAAAUGGCAACGGAGGAGGAGACAGAUAAUCAUAAGAGUGAAGAAGAACCGGGCUUAGGAGGCAGUGCCGCACAAAGCAAAGGGGGGCAGAAGGACAGAGAAUCGAUAAAUCCGGAUGGUACCAAAGGAAACCGGAAGGAGAUCUCCACAGGGGAAAGCUCGGGGAAAGCUGGGGGAAGCAGGCAGGGGACUCAGGGGACCAAGGAAGGCAGCAAUAAGAAUAGGACAAGCCCCGGGAACUCGGAAGGAGCCUUCUCCAAGAAAGUGAGAGUCACAGAUACGAGGCGCAGACUAGCCGAGAUAGACAAAAAGACCGUGGAGUACAAGGCGAGAUUGAUUGAGGAAAUGAUGAUUGGGAACAAAGAAGGCUCUCUGCAGGAGGAACCCCGGGACGAACGGAGAACCGGCCGAGGAGGGACUGAACAAGGGGAUAAAGGUAGUGACCGUGGGGGAACACCGAGCAAAAGAAGGAAAGAAGGGGAGAACUCUUCGGGAAUGGACGUGAAAAAGGCUACGACCCUGCCAGCCAUAGAUAGUAGGGCUAGCCGCCUGCCGACCACGCUAGCAGUGACGCGAGGGUGCGAAGGACUCUGGAGCCUUAGGGAAAGAGUGUUGGGAUGGUUUGACCCAGAAGGAACUACGAAAACCAGGGAGGGACAGAAGGCCGACAAGGAAGGUCCGGAUAACAGUGUGACAGGCGAGGCCAACAGCUCUGAGGGCGGCCUUAAGCAGAUAGUAUCGUCCCUCGCGCGAGCACUAAACAAAAAUCAAGGCUACCUAGCGGAUGCUAAGAAAAAGUUGACGUUUGAUGGGGCGAACAUCACGCAAUUCCUGAUAGAUUACGAGAACCUGGCUGCGCUGUUGAAAUGGACCGAAGAGGAGAAGAUGGACCACCUGGGACAACAUGUGUCUUUGAGCCUAGGACGGGACAUAAUGGCCAUCGUAGCCGCAAGCCGAUCUUGGAAAGAAACCCGGGAUGUGAUGAUGAGAAAGUAUCUGGCAGCAGAAAAGAUGGCAACGGAGGCCGAUUUAGCAGCAGUCCAGACAAAGAACUUUGCAACAUACAAUGACUUCCUACGGGAGUUUACUUUGGUAGCACUAAGAAUCCCCGGGGUUACGGAUCGAAUAAUGAGUAAGUAUUUCCUCAAACAGUUCUCCGAGUUCGACAAGGACAAGAUCCUGUCGGCUUACCAACAGACGAGCAAAUUUGUAAACACCAGGGACGUUAAUUUCAGUACGGUAACGGAUCUGGCCGAAAAGACGGUAGUGACCGAGACAUUGGCCUUGCUUAAGGAAGGGGAGAUUAUAGACUUGACCAGUAGGACGGGCGACAAGGCUAGCCCUAGGUUGCUCAAAGGGCUUGGACAAUUGUUGACCCGGCGGCGAGUAGAAAUAGGCGACAACCCCGAACUACCUGAAGGGGAGAGGGAGGAGGAAGCUCCGCAAGAAGUAGCUAACCUUCAGAGGAGUUGCGGGGACUUGGAGGAUCUCGAGAAAGCUUUUGCGGACAUUCGUUUGAGUUUGCCCGACCGAGAGGGCGGCGAGGUCAUGAGGUCACCUCCCGGAACAAAGCUUAGCUUUCAUGCACUGCCCGUAGGGAAGCUGAAAAUCCAGAUCGAGACUCAUCAUACCGACGCGUUAGUAGACGGGGGUGCAUUAAUCACCCUUAUAAGAAGAGAUUUCGCAACGAUCACGAGAUGUACGGUAAACAAGGAAGUAUUAGGGAGCAUCCGGGGAGCUGGCGGGGAAAUCCCGUUUGCUGGGUACGUCACGAAGUGUGCUGUAAAGACAGGGGUAAGGGAAUUAAUCUGGUCAUUUCAGCGGAUGACCUUAAUGGAGGAAAUGGACCACGACAUAAUCCUCGGGAGACCGUGGUGCGCAAACGUAGAGAUGAUAGGCAUGCACUUGCAUGAUGGCUCAUACAUGGUAGACAUAGAGGACCCGGUGACCGGCCGGGAAGAGCUCCUCCGACUCCUUGGAACGGGAGGAGACCCCCCGAGGGGGAAAUUGGCAACAUGGUCGCCAUCAUUCGAGGAUAGCACGCAAAAAGAGGCUUUCGCACGGAUGGAGGGUAUAAGAGAAAGGGUGGAAAUCAUGAUUAAGGAAGCGUUCAACAAGGAGUGGAUCAAGAUGGGCCUGCCCCAGAAGAAGAGGAGGCAGGAGGACGAAGUCCUAGGUGUUAUGGUAGCAGAAAAGGAGUCAGAGGUCGAACUUGGUGCUAGCCUGCCCAAACGGAAAGAAGUGCGCGUAGAUAUGUCGAAAAUCGCACUCGAGAUCCGCGAUCUAUUGCAACUCAUCAAGGCCCUCAGAUACCACAAGGUAGGAGUGGAUUCGGCAGCCUUGGCCAAGUUCGAAAGAGAGGUGCAAAAGGGAUAUUGCCUGAAUGGGAAAUUAGUUAGUACUCAACCACGAGUCAUAGAAGCGACGGGGGCAAUUCCGGCUGUUCAUUUUUUAGGAGAAAGAUCCCGGAAGGAAGUGUUCGAAAGUACAAGCCGGUAUAUCCUGGAUGCGCGAGACAACUUGAGUGGGUUCGUGGAGGCAGUCGCCCUCAAGAAAAAGACAGGGAGGAGUGUGGCGGACUGGAUAGAAGACUUCUACUUAAGGCACCCGUUCGUCAGGAGGUUUAUAGCAAACAAUGAGACGGAAUUUGUGAACCAAGAAGUAUUGAGGAUGCUUAAGAGACUCUGCGUACCGAUCAAACUCAUCGAGCCGUAUCACCCUGAGGCCAAUGCACCGGUGGAAAGGGGGCACCGAACCUUGAAGAACACGAUUGCAAAGCUCGCAGCAGACCAUCUAGGGAACUGGCCUAGGUAUCUUAAGCAGGCUGUCUUUGCAGAGAAUAUGACUCCUAAAAGGACAACAGGAUGUAUCCCGACAGAGCUUUGGUACGGAAGAGAGAUCGACUUUCCUGUGGAAGCCUUAGUACCUACCUGGAAUAGGUUAGAUGAUGAUCCGCAAAUGACCACUGAAGAGUUAAUCGAGGCAAGAUGUCAACAGAUCCUUAAGAAUGAGGAGGACAUGGAAGACAUCACCAGCCGGGUGCUGGACAGCAGAAUGAGGGACAAAGCAAGGUGGGACCAGGUUAAGAAUGUCAGAAAGGAGCCACUUCAGGUGGGGGAGAUGGUAUUGCUAAGGAACUCGACACUAGAAAGUACUUGGUCGGGACAGUUGGGAAAAAGGUUGAAAGGCCCCUACCGGGUCCCCAAGCGGGUGGGACUGAACACCUUCGAACUGGAAGAUUUGGAUGGAACUGGAUUGAAAGGGGCCUUCCCGGGGCAACGACUGGUCAGGUUUCUAAGUCAGGACCCAGUGGAACAAUGGCUUCAGGAGGCCGAAGAUAAGGAAACAGAGGAGCCACAAGCUAAAGACUAACCACAGCCUUGCUCACUCUAUGGUUUGUCUCUGACCAUGUUCGUGGGACUGUCAUUUUUUUUGGGACUGGUGCUUUGGCUUGGACUGAC